GAAUUUUAUAUAUUGCAGUGAGAGUAUAUAUACGCUGUAGCUGCGGUUAUUUUGAAUAAUUUUGCUCACAACAGUAAGGAUAUACAUUAUACAGAAUGAAAAGUCUCGUGCUUUGCGCCUGUGUUUUAUUAUUUGCUUUUCAGCUGUCUAGCUCAACAGAACUUAAAGAAAAGCUAAAGAAUGAAGAAAAAAAUAUUGAGAAUAUUCUUGAAACUUGUCUAAAUGAACAGGGUUUAUCUCGGAAUGACAUGUACAAGGAGGAGGAACUAAUGACUAAAGUACAUACUGAAUCUGUGAAUGCAGAAAGAACAAGAAAAGUUGGUUGCUUUGUUGCAUGUGCCAUGGAAAAGCUGAAUUUAAUGGAUGAAGCAACCAUUAAGGAAACACAAAUUCAUGAAAAAAUAAAUGAACUAUUUGAAGGUCGUGACCAAGGUAUAGCACACAAAAUUGCGCGUAAAUGUUUAAAAAAAGCGAGAAGUAUUACGCAAAAAUGUGAGAAAUGUUUUUCUCUAUACGUAUGCAUCGCAGAAAGUGUGCAUAAAUUACAAGGACACGAAGAACAUGUAAGAGAAGAAACAGAAGAGAUAGAAGAAACAGAAGAACAGAUCUAAAUAUAAAUACAAAAAUUGAAUAUUAUUCAUGGUAACUUAAAUAAUAAACGUUUGAUCAAAAGAUAUAAUAUAUACUAAAUAAACGAUACAUGUAUUCUCUUAGACUCCAUUUUAUUUCCCUGGUUUAAUAAAAGCGUAUUAAAUAAUA